UGCUAUCUACAGUGUUUUGCCGAUGAUGGUGUUUUGUAAUGUAGUUUAUUCUUAAAACACUUUUUUUUUAAAUUCUGUUUCGCUUUCUUUUCUUUUACUGUACUAUCGGAGAUUUUAAAUCUGCCGUACUAUUGCUUACUAUUUGAGGUUUCUUGAAAUUAUACAUUCUUUGUUUGCUAAGCUGUACAGUUGUUUGGUGUAUUGAAUUUGGUAUCGGAUUUCAUUAGGUUUGAAAAUGUUAAUUUUUUUCCAUUCAUUCCCCACAUGAUAGCUUCUAGCUUGUUGAUACAAAAGUAAUUUGACACAUAAUAUUUAAUAAAUGGAGUUGAAAAUUAUGGUAUAUAAAUAAAUAUAUUGCGUAGUGUGUACCAUAUAUGAUUAUUUGAGAUUACAUUUAUAUUCUCCAGAGAAACAUUUUAUUUUAAUCAGUUCUUUUCAAAGGUAACCAUUUGUGAAUAAUUGCUUAUAAUAUGUUAAAUAACAUUUAAUUUGUAAAAAACAAAUAUGUUAUUAAAAUUGUUAGCUACAGUUAUUCUUAUUAGGAAUGGAACUGGAUGCAUGGUGUACAAGAGUGCACCACUGUCAAAUAAAAUAUGAUAAAACUAAUGCCAAUUCAAAAUUAAUUUCUGUCUAAUUUUACGUUAUGGUACAUAAUGUAGUGCUUUUUGCAUAGUGCAAUAGAUCCAUUUCUUUAAAUUAUUAUGUAAUUUUUAAUUUAUGCAAAUCAUUUUUAAAAAAUUGCUUUCUGUACCGUAGCUAUCGUUUGGGAAAAAUGAUGGAAAUUAAUUUGAAUCGUGUUGAUUACAUGCAGGUAGGUGUCACCUCACCUAAAACAACAAAAUUAUUACCGAAUCCGGAAGAAAAGGCAUGUCAAAGGAUGUGGUAAUCUCAUGUAGAAUAGUAAUCUACAUGAGAUAGUAGCCAUGAGAGGUUAAUACAGUCAAAAGUCGUUAAUCCGGACUCGUUGGGACUUCGGCGAUUCCAGAUUGAUUUUUCCGGAUUAUAGAUCAUCAGUUUAAAUCUGGUUGCUGUAGCUGAUCAUUAUGGAGUUGUUCAGUGUUUUGGAACAAAAAAAGGAGAUAUUCAAACAUUUUUUAAAACAUUACCUGGUCCCAAAGUGCUAAGAUUAGAACUAGGUGGGGCGAUAGGCACAAUGAAAGACAAAAUAUUUGUGUCUUCUGGCGGUGAAGUCAGAGGAUACACAAGGAAAGGAAAACAGUUUUUACGAUUUGAUACAAAUAUGACUGAAGCUAUCAGAUCUAUGCAUAUUAGUGGAAAUGACCUAUUUGUUUGUGGAAAUUUCAUUUUCAAUCAUUAUUAUGAGUGUCAAGAUCAAAAUUAUUAUAUGUCUACUGAUCAUAUAAAUGAUAUCAUUUGCUUGGAUAUGGAUAAAGUUGGAACCAUUGUUCCUAUUCUGGCAUGCCAAGACCGAGUUCUACGUGUUAUUAAAGAGUCCAGUUGCUUGUAUGAAGUAGAGGUAUCAGGUCCUCCUUCUACAUUAGCUCUAUACCAAAAUAAUGGAGGUGAAAAUGGUGAAGAAUUAUUAUAUGGAACUAACGAUGGCAAAAUUGGGCUUGUUUCAAUUGGAAGGGCCGCUUCUAGCCAUAAAUGGGAAAUUCCUAACAACAAGAAGAAUGGAGGUAUACUGUGCCUUGAUAAUUAUGACAUAACUGAUGAUGGAGUUAAAGAUUUGAUAGUUGGUCGGAGUGAUGGCCUAAUUGAAGUCUUUGGAUAUGAUGAAGCUGAAAAUCCUCUGCCUAGAUUUACAUAUAACUGUGGAGAAAGUGUUACAUCAGUUCAGGGAGGUAUUGUUGGUACUGCGGGAUAUGAUGAACUUCUAAUUACUACAUACACUGGAUGGCUAUUUGGACUUUCUUCUGAACCAGCUGACAAGCGUCUUGAUCCAAAUUAUUUGCUCAUUUCUGAAGAUGCUGCCCAGAAAAUCUAUAAACUCAGGGAGGAGGUUGAAGAGCUGCAGCACCAGGUUCAGAAAGAAAGAGAAAAUUAUCAGUUAGCAGCACAGUCUGACAUUGGAGGUGUGUCAGCAGUUCCCUACUUUAGUAUUAAUGAUAUGUUUCAACUUAAUCAUGAAGAUGCAUCUUACCUGUUGACUUUAGAAGUGCAAACUGCUAUAGAUAAUGUUCUUAUACAAAGUGAUGUUCCUGUUGACCUUCUAGAUAGUGAACGAAAUUCAGCUGUUGUUAGUUACAGCUCCUGUGAUCCAGAGAAUGAUGGCAAUUUUCUGUUAGCUACCUAUAGAUGCCAAGCCAAUACUACUCGUCUGGAAGUCAAAAUUCGAUCAAUUGAAGGACAGUAUGGUACGCUUCAAGCAUACAUAACGCCAAGGCUACAGCCUAAAUGUUGCCAGAUUAGGAAAUAUCAAAUUAAACCAUUAUCAUUGCAUUGUAGAACUCAUACUUUUGAUGAAAACAAGCCAUUAAAUACUCUUAUACUAAGAGGAGCUUUCACACUUGCUGAGAUCCAUUCAUGGAUUGUCUUCUGUAUGCCCGAGGUUCCCGAACGCAUGCCGCCCGGGGAAUGUGCUACAUUUUAUUUCAAAUCUACUUUCUUAGAUACAGUUUUAUACUGUUAUUAUAAAAAAGGUGAAUCUACAUUUAAAUCUGAUAACAUAUCAACUAUAUCCAUUUUAAAAGACGUUUUGACUCGUGAAGCUACAAGAAAAAAAAUUUCUCUUGAUAUUUCUUUUGAUAUAAAUGAAGAGAGUGUGCCUCACAUGUUGAGAUUUAUUCACCCAAAGCUUGAAUAUCAAUUACUUUUAGCCAAAAAAGUGCAAGUUAUUGAUGCUUUAAAGGACUUAAAAGUACAUGAAAGUGACUUAAGUUUCUUAGCUCCAGAAUAUCAGGAAAUAUUAGAUUAUGCAGACCAGUUGCAACUGGAAUAUAAAAGACAGCCUUGUCAUCUUGAGAGACUUUUUGGUAUGAUUACUGAUCUGUAUAUAGAUGUCUAUAAAUUCAAAGGCAUUAAUGUGAAAUCCAAAGUGCCUUCUCUUCUUCAGAUAUUGAACAGCUAUGACCUUGAGACUUUAAUUGCAUUUUUCCAAGUGAAAAGAUAGCUAAUACAUGCUCUAUUUUAUUUAUCAUGCCACUGAAGAUUUGCUAUUUUAAACGUCACACAUGCAUACAUAUAUAUAUGUUAUUAAUAAAGAAUUAUUAAUAGAC